AUGGCAGUACAUACGAGUGUCCAGGCAUCAUCUAUGUGUGCCAUGAAUAGCUCAGCACCUACGACAGCCUACAAUGCAUCUGCCAACUAUCUCGGAUGUUACUUAGAUCCCAGCGUCUCCAUCUUAACUGCAGCGAAGCUUAGCACAAUUAGUAUGACGCCACAGUACUGUGCCAACUGGUGUGGCGAACGGGGUUUUGCAUAUGGAGGUGUAGAAUUCGGGACGCAAUGUUUUUGUGGUACUUCGCCCGACUUCAGCUCUGCGAGCAAGACAAAUGACAGCAGCUGCAACUCGAAAUGUGCGACAGAACCUUCCAGCUCAUGCGGAGGGACAUAUAUUUUAAACCCGCAAGGGGACUCAACGAACACUGCUUUCGUGCCGGCCUGCCAAACGCAGCCUCUCUGCAGUCACCAAGUCUGUGAUACUUCAAAGAGCAUUGCUGAGCGAGUAAGCUCACUUGUUGAUUCCAUGACAUUGGAGGAAAAGAUCCUUAAUGUGGUCGAUGCUUCAGCCGGAUCUGUGCGCCUCGGUUUGCCAUCAUACGAGUGGUGGAGUGAAGCAACCCAUGGCAUUGGCUCCGCACCAGGUGUUCAAUUCACGUCAAAGCCGGCCAAUUUCAGUUAUGCCACCAGCUUCCCUGCACCAAUAUUGACAGCUGCUUCCUUCGAUGACGCUCUGAUUCAUCAAAUAGCUGGUGUGAUCGGCAGGGAAGGACGUGCGUUUGGCAACAACGGGUUUUCUGGAUUCGAUUUCUGGGCUCCAAAUAUCAACCCUUUCAGAGAUCCUCGGUGGGGAAGAGGGCAAGAGACCCCUGGUGAAGAUGUCUUCGUCGUGCAGAGCUAUGUCCGCAAUUUCAUUCCGGGACUUCAGGGUGAUGACCCCGACGACAAACAAGUCAUUGCAACAUGCAAGCACUUCGCCGUGUACGACUUGGAGACGGGCAGAUAUGGGAAUGACUACAACCCUACCCAGCAGGACCUCGCCGACUACUUCCUGGCUCCAUUCAAGACUUGCGUGCGUGACACGGGUGUAGGGAGCGUCAUGUGUUCAUACAAUGCGGUCGAUGGCAUCCCAGCUUGUGCGAACGAAUUCCUCCUUGAACAGGUGCUGAGAGAGCACUGGAAUUUCACUGCGGACUACAACUAUGUCGUGUCUGACUGCGGAGCGGUCACGGAUAUCUGGCAAUACCACAACUUUACCGACAGCGAAGAAGGUGCAGCAUCCGUUGCUCUCAACGCUGGAGUGGAUUUGGAAUGUGGCUCUUCGUACCUCAAGCUGAAUGAGUCGAUUGCAGACAACCAGACCACGGUGCAAGCUUUAGACCAGGCACUUGCAAGGCUAUAUUCGGCAUUGUUUACGGUCGGCUUCUUCGAUGGCUCAAAGUACAGUGAUCUCGAUUUCUCGGACGUUUCUACCCCUGGUGCGCAAGCUCUCGCGUAUGAGGCUGCAGUCGAAGGCAUGACGCUUCUCAAAAAUGACAAGCUCCUCCCCCUGGGUCCCUUCCACAAACAUAAGAGCGUUGCCCUUAUUGGACCGUUUGCAAAUGCCACAACUCAGAUGCAAGGGGAUUAUUCUGGUACUGCGCCCUUCUUGGUUAGCCCAUUGGAAGCAUUUAAGGGCUCUGGGGUGGAAGUGAAUUACGCUAUGGGCACAGCGAUCAACAAUCAGAGCACCGCUGGAUUCAGCUCGGCCAUUGCAGCCGCCGAGAAGUCGGAUUUGAUAAUCUACCUCGGUGGCAUUGACAAUUCUAUGGAGGCCGAAACACUUGACCGAACUUCGCUUACUUGGCCCCAAAACCAACUCGAUCUCAUCGCAAUCUUGUCGAAGCUCCGUAAGCCUAUGGUCGUUGUCCAAUUUGGUGGGGGUCAGCUCGACGACAGCGUCCUCCUGCAAAACGAAGGAAUCCAAGCUUUGGUUUGGGCUGGAUAUCCUAGUCAAAGUGGCGGUACUGCGCUGCUUGACGUCCUUGUUGGCAAAAGAUCAAUUGCUGGUAGACUACCAGUCACGCAGUAUCCAGCCAGUUAUGCCGAUCAAGUUAGCAUCUUCGACAUCAACCUUCACCCCAAUUCGGACGGCUCAUAUCCUGGGCGAACAUACAAAUGGUACACUGGAAAGCCUGUAAUCCCGUUCGGCUACGGGCUUCACUACACGGAGUUCGACUUCGAAUGGGAGGAAACAUUGCACCAUGAGUAUAACAUUCAGCAACUUGUUGCCUCAUGCAAGAAAAACUCUGGUGGCCUGGUUAACGACAACACGCCUUUUGCAACCGUCAAAGCUCGUGUAAGAAAUGUUGGCCAUGAAGCUUCCGAUUACGUUGCCUUGUUAUUCCUUUCGAGCGACAAUGCAGGUCCGGCUCCGAGACCAAAUAAAUCCCUAGUGUCCUACUUGCGCCUCCACAAUAUUGCAACCCGAAGGGAACAAAUAUCAGACUUGCCUCUCACCCUCGGCUCAUUGGCUAGAGCGGAUGAGAAUGGAAACCUCGUUAUUUUCCCAGGGGAUUACAAGAUUUCACUGGACAUAUUUGAAAGCUUGACCUUCGAAUUUUCAUUACACGGAAAUCCAGUGGUGAUUGAUACGCUUCCUAUGCCUGAUGCACACUAUAAUUUUACAGUGCCAGUCCAUAUUCAGCCCGCGUCCACUGAAGCGCAUUCAUGA